CUGCACUGCACCAUUGAAAGACAUUACAAACACAACAAUCUUUUUAUCUAUCGAAGACACAGAAGUGCAUCGUGCAUUGGAUUUAUCCCACACGAAUAGAUGGCAUGAACGGCCAUGCCGCCGGAACAUCUGCAUAUUCUCCAAAAUACGGCGAACCACAAACCUUUAACAUGCUUGAGGCGUCGAUGGUCAAAACGAUUCCAGUAGGAUCCCCUGCUCCUGUGGCAAGGGAUCCUACAGCUAGRMAGUAUCGAGUGGAAUCCGAGCCCCACGCCAAACCGCACGCGAAACCCUUGCUUUCGAAUGGUGUUGGCAAYAUCAACGGAAGUCGAAGUGGUAUUUACAGAAAGGAUCGAGAGACGACCCCGAUAGGAGCGACAGCAGCAACGAAACAGAUCCCAACAGGUUUUUACUAUCCAGAAAGACCCUCCCGAGAAACAGUCCUUCAACGAGUCUCCGAAGCACUUCUUCGAAGAUCUCUACGCAAAAUCGAUUUGUCCCAGCGAAGUUUGCAGGCCUCGGAUGCCAAGCUGGUGAAGAUGGCACUUGCACAAAAUGCCAAUCUAACCGAGCUGAAGCUUGGAUACAAUAGUCUCGGAGAUUCAGGGGUAAAAACACUGGCUGCCGGAAUUGUUGCACACAAAUCACUUAAUCUACUGGAUCUAGGAUUCAACAAUAUCGGAGAUGAGGGGAUACGUGCACUGGCGCACUGUAUGCAAGAAGCUUCGGAAGAGCAACACAAACGAUGGAAAGACCAUCCCAACCUCUGCAAUGGUAGUUCAAAGAAAAACAACACGGUCGGCAACAACUAUUAUGGUGGGGGUAGCACUCUUCAUACACUGUACUUGGCAGGAAAUCUUAUCGGCGAAGAUGGUGCUAUGGCAAUAGCUGAUUUUUUGAGGAGGGGGAGUCGGUUACGAAAGCUCUUUUUGACUGGUAAUCGAAUAGGGGGAGAGGGAGUCAAGGCCAUUACAAAUGCAAUCGUAGAGCAGCAAAAAGAAAUGGCCGAGCCCAGCGCCGCUGCUGUUUUCUCGAGCGAGAAAUUGGCCGUGGAAACCAUUGAAGGCGGUAUACAAGAAGAGAACGAGAUGUAUACGAAACAAACUAGAAUGCAGCACACAACUUCAUCAUCACCGCAAUCAUUGUCGCCAUCUUCGUCAACAAGAGGAGAAGGAAAAAAGCGUCAUCACAACCAYCAUCACAACAACAACUUCCAUGGCAUGCAAGAACUCUACUUGGGAGGCACAGGGAUGGAACUUACUGGUUGUCGGGCUGUCUCGAGACUAUUAGAGAAAACUUCAUAUCUUAAAGUGCUCUCUCUACCAAACUGUGAUAUUGGAGAUGAAGAAGUUUGCAUGUUCGCUCUUAGUAUAAAGGCGAACAAAGAUAAGCUUCCUUUGGAAUCUCUGCAACUUUCCUUUAACAACAUAACUCAUCAUGGGUUGGAGGCAAUGGCAAACGCAUUAUGGGGGUCGUCAACGCUGAGAGAACUAAAGGUGGACAAUAACAUGAUUGGCGAUCGAGGGGCACACCAAAUGGCUGCUAUUAUUCCCGCAAUGAAAGUUAUCGAGGUUUUGGAUGUAGGCUUUAAUUCGAUUACCACGCAAGGACUUACUGUUUUGAUGAAGUCUGUUGCUGAAUCCAAAAUGCUAUUGUCUCUAUCGUUGUCGGGGAAUGCCAUUGAUGCAACUGCUGCAAAGUCAGUCGCCUAUGCUCUUGCCUACAAUUGUUCACUACGAUCUUUGUUUCUAGUUCAUUGUUCGAUUGGUCACGAGGAACAGCGCCACAUUGCUGCCGGUAUUGUUUCAAACAGUCGAACAAAAUUGGAUCAAUUGAAUGGUUUUGAAAUUGGACGUGAGUGGCAUAAAACAUUUUGUUUAUUGAGUGUAUUUCACUCCUUAAAGUUUUCUGGCUUUGGCGUUUUGCAAGGAAAAUGUGUGUUUUACCGUGAUUUGUGUAGGUGUCUUACAACGAAACUUUGUUUUUCUCCUUCUUGUCAGCAAUCUUGUUGACUUUAGGAUUUCCUGAGCCUUUGAAAAAUUGGACCAACGAACAAGUGUUCAAGUUCAUCCAYCUCAUGUGGAAUAAGCAYGAYGAAAACAAAAAUUUUCAUUCCGAUCUUGAGCGCGAUCUUGAUCCCUUGAGUUUUCUUUCGGACCCUAUGAGUGGUGUAGAUGACUCUUGUUCCAACGACCAGGCAGGCCCGCUCGAGGCCUCUGUUGUUGUCGAAGUAGCGAGGAGAUACUUCGAUAGCUUAGUGGCAAAUGGAAUAGAUGUGACUUCAAGGCGGCCAUCAAAUUUGAAUCAUCCUUCAAUAGGCUCGCCCCUGGCAACAGACGCCAUCAUCAUCGAAUCAUCUCCCGAUAAUAGUCGUUCGCUKAAUCCAAGCAACGAUGAAGACAAAGGAUCGAUGCAGGUUAAAUCAUUUGUGGCACCUCCGGAAGCAAAAACCAAGAAAAAGCAAGAGAUGCAGGAUCCUGCCCGGAAGAAGAUAAUAGUGGAAUGGCUCUGUUCGAAUACACGGCCUUUGAAAGAAUUAGCAAAUGCUCCAUUCAAUUCUCACGAGCUGUGGAAGUUGCAUCAGUUUUAUUUUACUCCAGUCGUCAAAGAAAGCGGAGGAUCGUCGGGCCAACAAGAAGCGGAUUGCAAUUUGAUAAUAUCGAGCGUUCCAGAAGUUCACCGAAUGAAUAACAAUGGUUCAGCUAAUCUGCCUCCGACUCCAUCAGUCGAUGAUUGUCCAACAGUUCCUAUGAGUGAUCCUGCCCUCUCUGGCCCAGCCACGUCUUCGACGCUCUUGAAACGUAAAGUUUCAUAUCGGUGCCUUGGAGAUGCUAAUUCGAAUACAGAGCCUCAGCUUGUACGUAGCGGUACUUCCAAUAAUAUUUCCGUKGCAAAAAUCAUCGAGAACAGACACUCUGGACACUCUCUUGCACCGAAAUCUAAGAGAGCUCGUCGAAACAGAACACGAAUAUCUUUUUUGCCCAGAGUGAAGGCAAAGUUGGACUCUUGUCUUGACGCAGAUCACGAAAAAGCGUUGGUGACAAUGAGGCAGCUCUACUUUGUAGAACGAGCGAUACUUUCAGGUAAGAUAAGCCCAGCCGAAGUGGAUUCAUCACCUCGAACUCACCUCAGUGGCACGAUUGCUGCAGAGGCCGAAAUGAUCCUGGUGGAUCUCAUGUAAAUAAAGCAAUUGAUUARGAUGAAACACUUUUGUUCAAAUGAUAAUAUAUUGAAUUUCUUAAAAKAAUCUCCUAGCUAGAGUCCACGGAGCUUGCGGUUUUAUAUCUUCAAACGGGGGUGGRAUCCUACCACGAACUGUUCGUGAAAAUUGUCGAAGAGCCGAAAGCUGUGGUGUAUCAGGAGCAGCCGGUAUAACGCUGAURCCUGUCUUGGUGUUGAAAUCACUAGCUAAGGCACUGGCAGCCUGAAUUCCAGUCACAACUGAUUUCUCUGUACUCCAAGAUGCAUGUCCAGUUCGGUCAAUCCAGUCCCCGCAGAUAUACAUACCCUCACUCAACUUGACAUCGGGUGACCAGCUUGCAGAUCCGACACAAAAGUGGGAGACUGCAUCUCGUGCACGAACCACAGAUAAAUCAGCGACCGCGCUCUCAUGGAUAGGUGAUAUAUUCAGAGCCRCGGUGACGGCUUUUAGAGUUAUCCGUAYGACUUCUUCGUCUGCCAAAUUCGUGAGGGGAUCAGCACGGAAAAAGUCGAYCUCGAAUGCUGAAACGACAUCAUUGCUAUCUUGGAGUCGUUCCAAGUCAUAAAUACAAAAACCUGUCUCUGAGAGCUCAGGGAUUUCUCCUAUGGCUGCUCCGCAGACUACGACAGGUGAGUCCUUCAUGGCUUCCUUCAACAAAAUAGGUUCUCUUUCGAAGAACAAACGUACCGCCACACAGGUAACACCUCGGAAUUUCUCCCAGUUUUUGGUCUGUGGGAUCUUUGCUAGAGGUGGACAUGCGGGCAAUAGUCUCUUGAGAGAUGUACCUCCAAUGGCAAAAACAACACAAUCUGCAUCAAGUGUAUUGUCUUCAUCGUUGAGAGUUAUUCGAAACGUUGGGUUGGUAGCAAUCGCAUCGGUAUCGUUGUCUUCGAGAGCAACAAUGCCGGUCACCUUCGCUCCUCCACGAAGGCUAACAUUUCCUCGUUUUUGUAGCUUUUGACUCCAUGGGUCAAAAAUCUUUUCCGUGAUCGACCCGCGGCACCAUCGAACAUCGAAGGCACCCCUAGUUUGCAGUGCAAAUACAUGGAGACAAGAAAGUGCGGCAGCCGCCGAACAAUCGUACCCAGGAGUCAUUGGUAGAACGUGCAGUAGAGGUGAAACCAGUUCGUCGUAGAGCACAGGAGUUACCCCCGCAACCGACUURAACAGAUUUUCUGCCGAAAUUUUAUCGUAGCGUUCCCAAGAUUUCGCAUCUUCCUGUUCAAAAUCAGCCCACGCACCCAGUGCUCCAAUGCCACUGAGACGAUCCACUACCUUUAGCGGAUUGUCCCCCUCGAACUCUGACAACAAWGCUAGGUCCAAUGGAGGAGGUAGCAAUUCUGCCAAUUUACUGGUCACAAAAGACUCCGGAUCUGUUGGGAGGCUUCCUYCAAAAAUCGAAUUGUCCUUCUUUUCUCCCUCRUCCUUCUGCGUAUCGUAUCCAUCUCCAAGAACUGGGGAGAGAGCAACUUUCCCAGACUUUGAAACUAGAAUAGAAGGUGUGAAUGGAGUCAGGACGUCGUCUAGCUCUAAACCGAUUCUCUCGAUGGCAGCAAAUGUGUUCUUAUAUUCUCUCCAAAAGCCGUGCAGACCAGCCUCCACUGGCCUAUUCAACUUCGGCGUUCUCCAGCCCGCAGCAAGUCCUCCGGGACCACGGGGUGAGGCAUCUAAGAUUUCAACCUGAAAUGCCGGAGCAGAAGCUCCACCUUCCCCGUCCGAUUGCUGCUGAAUUUCCGACAGGGCAUCGGCUGCGCUAAAGCCAGCCCACCCACCACCGAUCACGACAACUUUUUUCGGUUUCGCAACCCCCAGUGCGUGUGUUUCAUACCGAGUGCAAAGUACCACAAAGAUGAACGACGACAGGCAACUCUUCAUCUUCCGGCCACUGAUUUAUUCGGUUCAG